AUGUGGACUCUGCUUCUCUGGGAAGCUCUACUUCCCAUUGCAGUCACUGGCACCCAGAUCCAGGGACAAGUAGGGGGCUCCGUGCUGCUGGUAGCCAACCGCACCCCUGGAUUCCAAGUCCGUGAUGCCAUCUGGCGAUCUCUCUGGCCUUCAGAGGAACUCCUGGCCACAUUUUUCCAGAAUUCCUUGCAGACUCUGUACCACUCUCGCUUCCUGGGCCGAGCCCAUCUACACAGCAACCUCAGCCUGGAGCUGCGCCCACUGGAGUCUGGAGACAGUGGCAACUUCUCUGUUCUGCUGGUAGACAUUGGAGGGCAGGCUCAGACCCAGACCCUGCAGCUCAAGGUGUAUGAUGCAGUGCCCAGGCCCACGGUACAAGUGUACAUUGCUGCAGCGGAGGAAGCCUUAGCUCCCAAGACCUGCCAGGUCUUCCUGUCCUGCUGGGCCCCCAACAUCAGUGAUGUCACCUAUAGCUGGCGACGGGAAAGGACCAUUGGUUUUGGUCUCGAACAACAAGGCCUCUUUGCAAAUAGCCAGGUGUUAAGGAUUUCCCUGGGUCCAGGUGACAAGAAUGUAACCUAUUCCUGCAUUGUCUCCAACCCUGUCAGCUGGGACUUAGCCACAGUCACUCCCUGGGAGAGCUGUCACCAUGAGGGAGUUCCAGGGAAAACCUCCUACAAAGAUGUGCUGCUGCUAGUGGUGGUACCGGUAUCACUGCUCCUGGUCCUGGCUGGUCUCCUCUCUGCCUGGCACUGUGGUCCCUGCUCAGGUAGGAGCCGCAAGGACACCUGUGCUGACAGUGUGGCUCCAGAGACAGAGAGUCCUGACGUGUAG